CUUUGUGAUGUUUUGCACAACAGCGACUCUAUGGUUAGUUUUUGUUCCAAAAAUGCUUGAAUUGAGGCGAAAUCCAGGAGGUCCGGUUGAUAAAAGAUUUCGACCAACUUUGAGGCCCAUGUCUAAAACCCGCAGAGAUUCAAGUGUGUCCGAACUCGAAACCAAACUGAAAGACGUGAAAGGUUUGAAUUCCAAGUAUAGAAAAACGUUACUGGACAAAGAAUCUGAACUACAGAUGCUGGUGAGGAGAUUAGGAAAUGAAGCUAAGGAAAUUCUCGAUUCAAGAGCCGAUUCUUUGAGUGAAACGAAUAGGCUAUCAGUACCACUUAUACGAAAAGAACCUCACAGUGCAACAGAAACUAGUGAUAUCACCUCAUUAUGUAGUCUAAGCUCCCAGGAUUAUACUUCCCUACAACACACCGAUAGUCAAAAGUAAGACUAAUACA